AUGAACGAAGACGAUUCCCAGACUGUCCCUGUCGACAACAUCUACCGGGAACUUGUCGUCCACGGCAACAGGGAGUUCCAGCGAUACGCUUUGGAAAACGGAAUAUACUUCGCUCCGGUUGACGAUGACGAGAUCGACCGUCUCCAGUAUAUGCACGGAGUCUUCAACAUGAUGUUCGACAACAGGCUCAUAUUCCCCCCGAUUCCGCGACCGCGGAGAAUCUUGGACUGCGGGUCCGGGUCCGGCGCGUGGGCCAUGGAGGUUGCCGAACAGUAUCCCGAAUGCGAGGUUAUCGGAAUCGACAUAUAUCCGUAUCCCCUGCCGGAAGACUUCCCGCCCAACUUGGAUAUCCAGGUGGAUGACCUCAACAGUCCGUCCACCUUCCCUUCGAAUUAUUUUGACCUGGUGCACAGCAGGAUGAUGGCCGGAGGCAUUCAUGCGCACAGGUGGAUGAAUUAUCUGGGCGACAUUCUCCGCAUUCUUCGUCCUGGAGGCUGGUGUCAGAUGGUGGAGAUAUACUUCAACGCUCAAUCGGAUAAUGGGACGCUUACCUCCAACCACGCGCUCCAAGUCUGGUCGCAGAGCUACAUGCAGAGCAUUCAGCCCGCGAAGGAUCCCAGAGCACCACUGCGGCUGCAAAAUUGGAUGAUUCAAGCGGGCUUUGUGGAGGUCGAGUCGCGAUUGUUGACGUUGCCCCUGAGCGGAUGGUCGACAGUCUCUGACGAGUCAUCAGAUCCGCGAGACAAUGCCAUCGGCGCCGCAAACCGAGCCAACGUCCACAGAAUGUUGUCUUCGCUUGCUGUGUUCCCCUUUUCCCACGCUCUCGGCAUGACAAAUGCCGACAUCCAGCUUCUCGUAGCGCAAGCUCGAGCUGAAGCCGAUAACCCAGCGUUCAAGGCGUACUUCCCAGUGUACGUGUGCAUUGGUCGGAAACCGGGCAGCGGCAGGCAACACCGGACCGGCGAUAGCCGGAGCCAUCACUCCUCAAAAAGCGGGAGGCAUGGCGAAUCGAGCAAGCGGGCGCGGCACGCCUGA